GUGUCGUCCGUUACUGGUAUGAAGAUCACACUGAGAAAAAUGAUUCCAAUGGUAUCUUUUCUUGCUGCCUUGCGCAUCCUCACAGAAGCCCAGAGUUGUAACAAUGGAAUCGGAAAGCUCGUGUAUGAAAAAGUCCCAGGUUACCAACUUGGCGGUGGUGGAAGCGGAUUUGGAGGUGGUCGUUCGAGAAGCGAAUUGGUGACGCGCAAAGACUUGCCGGUAAGAGUACUAGAAGAAUGUAUACGUCGUUGUCAAGAGGAUCGGACGACCUCAAUACAGGAAUGUUUAUCAUUUGACUUCUUUCCUGGUAAACCUCUUUCUUCCUUUGUCCCAGGGGACAGGGCAUUAGGUGACUCUUCUAGAAGGUUCAGAGAUUCUGAAUCAAGUAGCAACCAGAGGUUAUCUGGUGGUAACUAUAAUAACGAUAGAAAAACUGCAGGAGACGAUUUUAACAACGGUGAAAAUUAUGAAGAAUCUAAAUGUUAUUUAUAUCACGAUCGUGCUUCACCAGAUGGCGCUGGUACCUUAAUCGUAGAGGGAGAUGCGUGGCACUUCAAUGAAGUAUGUUUGUCAUCCACAAAAGUCAGCACGGAAUGUGUUGACCGACUAUAUGUCUUCGAAAGAACACCAGGGUACAAAUUUGAGCGAGAUGACGACAAGGAAGUGAUUGCUUUCAACAGAACCGAAUGUCAAGACAAAUGCCUCAACGAAUAUAACUUCGUCUGUCGCUCGGCAACAUUUGAUCGUGCAGGUCAGCGAUGUCGAAUCAGCCGAGAGACCAAGUACACUGCACCUGAUGCAUUUCGCCGAGAUCCAAACAGUGAUUAUAUGGAAAACAUGUGCUUGCCAGACAACCUCUUGAACAACGCCUCGUACGAGUGCUACCAAAGGAAACGGUUAGCUGGAUCACACGAGGCCGAGAGCAAAGCCUUUUCCUUCCGAGAGUGUCUGGACGAGUGUAUGCGGCGUUAUGGCCGCGACUGUUGGUCAGUGGAGUUCAGCUCGCGUUAUCAGAUGUGCCGAUUCAGUAGCAACGAAGGUCACAGGAAUGGUAGGCCUAACUUGGUCGACGAUGAUUACUACGAUUUCUACGAGUUUAAAUGGAGAAGAACUGACUCCCCUAGAGGAUCUCGAUACCCUGGAGGAGGGGGAUAUGGGGGAAGCUAUGGAGGAUAUCGCGGCGGAGGUCGUUUUGAUGACAGGCCAGACUACGGAGGAGGAGGAGGCGGUUGGGGAGAGAACAGAUGGAAUGACAGGCCAAACUACUGGGGUAGUUACCCUCCUCGGCACCCUCCUCCUGAUGAUCGUUACGGAGGGAGUUUUGGAAUAGAUCGCCGUUAUCCCCCGCCGCCUCCACUUCCGCCAUAUCCCCCUGGUCCUCGACUUCCACCUAAUCCUGGAAGCUAUCCUGUCUGUCCACCGGGAGGGACUGGAGAAGGACAACCUUUCCGGAGGCUGAGGGAAAGUCUUAGAAUUGCAAGGUUUUACAUCCGGCGUGUGCUUCGUACAGAGAGAAUCGAGGACUGUGAACGUGCUUGUUUAGAAGCUCGAGACUUCAUCUGUCGUUCUUUCAAUUACAGACCAUUCGCUCCAGACAACUGUGAACUUAGUGAUGCAGAUUCGUCUCAGCUAAGGAUCGACAACCCUUCUCAUUUUGACCAAAACACCCAAUUUGAUUAUUUUGAAAGAGAUGGUUUUGGACCGGGAGGAGGCAAUUGCUUAGAUGUAACUCAGUCGUGCUCACCAGACGGUAUGGAAUUUUCGCUACGGACACCAGGUGGCUUCUUUGGCCGUAUCUACACAUAUGGGUUUUUCGACACUUGUUUCUAUGAUGGAAAUGGCGGUAAUGUGAACGUGCUGAAGAUCAGUCGGGCGAACGGUUUCCCGCGUUGCGGCACACAACAGUAUGGGGACGUCAUGACAAAUAUUGUGGUGGUCCAAUUCAACGACUACGUUCAAACAUCACAUGACAAAGUGUACAACCUGACGUGCUAUCUAGCUGGACCUGGCGAGACCGUAGUGACCUCUAACUAUAUGGAUAGUAGAACUGAAGGCCGCUACCCGACUCAAAUAGAACACCUUCCAGCACAGAACAUUCUAACAUCAAGUGUCACCUUAAGAAUUCUAUAUCGGGGAACACCAACCAACACUAUAGCUGUGGGUGACCUUUUGACCUUCAGGUUGGAGACCCGAAGUCAAUAUCGAUAUGAUUAUUUUACUGGAGACAUUUUUGCAACAAAUGUCAUCGCCAAAGAUCCCUACUCUGGAAGAGAAGUUCAUCUUAUUGAUUCUAGGGGAUGCCCUAUCGACCUAUACGUCUUUCCAGAGCUUCACCGAACACCUGAAGGGGCGCUAGAAGCCGAUUUCUACGCUUUCAAAAUUCCAGGUUCCAACUUGCUAGUUUUCCAAGCUACCGUCCGCACUUGCCGAGGACCGUGUGAUCCAGUAAUAUGCAGUGAUGGGGGUCGGCCAGGGUCAUUUCCAUCCUGGGGUCGAAAGAAAAGAGCAGUUUCAUCUGCCGUCUCACCUCCACUGAAAUCGCCACUUCCUUCCAUCGUCGGGAGCACGCCAGCAGCGCCAUCUAAUUCUACGGACGAUACUGACCACGAAGAGGAAGUUCACGAGCUAUUGAAAGUAUAUCUGUCCCGAGCAGAUAUACCUUUGGAAUCUAAAGGGCUUCCUCAUGAAAGAUCAGUGGUCUGUGUCCAUAAAGGAGGCUACUAUACUCUGAUGUUUAUAGUCGCACUCUUGGUUUUUAUCAUCAUCGCUGUAGCUGUGGCAACCGUGUCUUACAUCCGAAGAAUGAAGGUGAUGGUGAAGGAGUCUGACGCUGAGAGCACAUCACCCAGUACAACCGAGUUUUAUAUAUCACAGUUUCAAGCUCCUAAGUUUGAAGAUCCCAGCGAACCCAUCUAUACUGAUCCAUCUAUGUUCGAAAGGUGUCGAAGCCUUCGAAGCAUGACAAUUUCCAAUCUUGGAAAUGCCAAAGGAGAUUUCUAUUAAUUUCGUAAUAUUUUACAAAUAUUUCAUAAGUAUGAUAAUAAAUGCGUCGUCUAUUCUGAUUUUUGUUUAUUAAAACAAAGACAAUUGAUAACAAGUUCUUUGUGUUAUAAACAAUCUCAUCAUUGGUGGCGGAAUAUUUGAAUAAUCAUAGUUAUAUAACAAUUGGACACCUAGUUUGUUUUUUAAAGAACUGUUGUUUGUAAAUAAGAUGUGUUACUUGUUAACAAAAUAUCUACGUUGUUCUGUUGAAGCGAUAUAAUCUGGUAGCUUUACUUUGUAAGCGAUUUUUAAAGGAUGUAAGUUCCAGCUUCCAAUCAGAAUAUAUGUCUAAUAAAGUAGUUCUUUAGAUAUCCAAUAAGAACGUAAUUCUUCACAAUAAUCAUACUUUUUGUGAGGGCUCAUAAACUCUUUAUGAAUGAUGCUUGAACUCUUCUCAAUACAGAUAAUACGACUGUAAAAUUCUUUAACUUGAAAAAAAUAUUCAUAUUACCGAUUUAUUUUCAUCUGACACAAUGCCGCAAUAUUUUUCACAUACAUAAGUUAAUUUAGGUUACUAAAUGGUGAGUUAAAAGAACUUUGAAACUCCGUAAACAUUUUGAAAUGUUAUUUUGAUAAUAAAAAUUCCUUCUCUAUUGAAAUGUUGAAUAUAAUCUCAUUAAUAUUCUAAUGUUAAUCUAAUUUCUCAAAUAACAUACUUUGAUACAAUUUACUGUCUCCAUUGUCUAAUAAAACUUAAUCAUUCCAUCACAAUAUAAGAAAAAUAUCAGCUUUUGGUUAUUUUUGAUUGAAGAUUAACUAAUGGUUUAGUUAUUAUAAAAUUAUUUUCACAUCCAGAG